CGAAUUCACAGCCAAAAAAAUGUGUCUCUACCCCAUCGUCAAAUUCGCCUGCUGCGACGCGCAGUACAAGCCGACCGAGGAGCUGCCCAUCGUCAAGUUCUGCCCGCGCGGCCAUCCGGACACGAUCCGGCGCCCCUUCCCCGGCUGCGACGUGCGCGAACCCCACGAGUGCAACGACUUCUUCCGCCUGCCCAUCAAGUGCCCCAGGCACAAGCUCGAAUGGCUCAACGCGAUGGACCUGAACGCGGAGUGCCAGGAGACGGAUGCGCGGCUGGGCGAGGCCGGCGUCGGCGAAGAGUUGCGGUUCCGCUACCGCGACAAGAUGGCGCGGGCGUUCGAGAUGGUGAUCAAGUGCACCGAGAGGAUGGAGGCCGAGCGGCUGCAGGCGUGGAAGGUCAAGGUGUUUUGCACCGGCGCGGCGCUCGAGCUGCUGGGCACGGCGAUUGUGGGGAGCGAUGCGAGACCGCUGGAUUAUUCUGUCUUGGAGGGGCUGAGGAAGAGGUUGAUCAGGCACAUCAACGAGGAGGCCGGGCAACUCAUGGAGGCUGCUGCUCAAGAACGGCGUUGUACCAGUGCCGGCGAGGAUGUCGAGGAGGAGUCGAUUCAGGAGAGCGAGGACACGACACGAACUUUGACGUCAAGUUUGUAUCCGUCCUACUCCGGCGGAACUUCCGGCUGUGCAAUGGACAUCUCCUCGAGCUGGGACCCCAUUUAUGACGGAAUUCCCGUGUCGACGGACACACCACCAAUCCUGGAGACUCAAUCCUCAACCGGAGCGCUCCUCUCCUAUCAACAAACCCCCCGGUUCCUCACCUCGGCGCCAACACAACAUAACGCCUUCCAACCGGAGCUUCCUAUGAUGUGUCCACUCGUAUUAACAAGCCCAUUUGCGUCCUGUCGGCCGUCUCACGCAUAUCUUGGUGAAGUCUCCCCCACGGCGAUGCCACUCAAGACGCAAGUCAUUCCCCUAUUUACUCCAUCAACACUCAAUACUUCGGGGGCAUCGACAUCCGACAGGCAGACCAGCGGGGUAUCUUACCUACGAGAGCAAAUCAAUUCAAGGGUUGGCGGAGACGAGCUGGAGGAGGAGACAUAA